AAGAAAAAUGGAAAAAGUGCAAGCAGAGAAGAUCUUGGGAAUUUUAUAUUGUUUAUCAGUUAUGUCAUCUUUAAUCUCUGUAAUAUCUUUGGUGAUCACUUGGCAAUAUUGGGCUUGGACUCUCGAUGUUUGCAUUAAUAUUAACUGUAGCUGCAUCCUCUAUGGAAUCAACACCUUCAGUACCUUUAUGGGGGGUGGCGUGAAUCUCUGCCACUUUGGUGCUUUUGGACUGAUUCCGAUAAUACUAAUCGGCCUCUGUCUUGCUAUUUAUCAUGGUUAUCAUAGCUAUAUAAGUCGGAAUUUUGAGGAGCGAAGAUCCUUACCAUCCAUAAAAAAUUAUCAAACUAGAAACAGUUUGGAGGGACGAAUUAUGGUAGAUGGUCCGACGCCAAGAGGGCCUUGCAAGCACUGGAUGAUUGUUGCGUUCGUAAACGUUCUUAUUUGUUGUCUUUCUCUCGCACACGCUGUUGUACUCACUGAUGGCUACUACAAAACUUGCAACCAAUACCGUAGGAAUUUGGUUCGGCUGCUAGGAUCCAGGGGACAAGAACUACAGGCAAUUCACAAUAGAUUGGCAUGCAGUGCUAUUCUGGAUUUUAUGGAUUACAUUCAGCCAGAUGCCAAUAACUGGCGCCGUGGUGACCAAAUCAAUACAGCUGUGGCUCUUCAGUUGUCAAUUUUUAUGUCUUGGAUAAACUUCUUUUCUUGGUUUUUUAUUUUUUUUGUGAAUAUUAAUAUAUCAAGACAAUGAUUGAAGAGCUUGAAGGAAAAGAUGUGUUAUAAUUAAUUAUACUAACAAUUGUAAUCGUUCACUAUUUAACAUACUUU